AUGAAUAUUGAAACAACAAAGACAGCAACAACACAACUGUUGAAUGAAUAUUACCAAAUCAGCACUCAAGCCAUACCAACACAGAGAGUCAAGUCUGAAUGGCAGGAUGACAACAAACGAGGUUUCUUCUUGGGAAUCAUCCAAGAGGGAGAAACCUCACACAUCACUCGACUGCACAACCUGCUGACUGCCAACCAAUUUGCAGAGCAGCAGGAAUUCUCAACCAAGAUCCAGUUGGCAGACCCAGAACAUCAUUGUACAUUCAUUGAUGACAUGUUUGGGUAUUACAUACUGCCAUUCCACAAAGACUACAACGAUUCAUCCAGCUGGCACACUCCAGUUUCAUCAAACCCAACAUCAAGAACCAACUCUGAUGAUCUGGACUAUGUUGAAAAAGUGAGUGAGCUACAGCACAAGGACUUGAACAAGCUGUCCUUGCAAGGAGCACACAUCAUAUCCCAAAAGAACAUUGGAAUGGCAUACAACAAACCAUCCAUAUUGUUACGAGCUGGUUUGACGCAGAAACAUCAAAUACAGAACGGACUGUUGUUGUGUAUCAAGUGCCAUGACCAGUUUGGUAAACUAAAGCAAUAUGUGGAUGUAGUGGAUGACAAACUGGUGAUCAAAGUGAUCAAUGAUCCAACAAGUGACAAGCACAAGAAGUGGAUUGAGACAAUUGAAGAUUUGAAAGCUAUCCGCAGAACAAGGCAAAAAAGAUGGACUGACAAUCGACAAACAGUCGAAUCCAACAGUGAAAUGACAUUGUAUUUCAUUCACAACAAUCCAACUCGACUACCAAACAGGAAUGCACUAGAGUUCCACAAGACAACAUAUCUCAUUUGGUGUAUGGCUGGUGGUGUAGAAUCUGAUGAUGAGUAUUGUCCAUAUGAUGAUAAUGGCUGUACUCCUGUAGAUUACCAGAAAAUCCACAUCGGAACGUUCCUUGCUCUCGUUUGUGAUUGUUUUCCGUGGAUUGUUCUGGUAUUUUAUGUAGCUCACUUUUUGCCUCGCACGCAUAUGUGCAAUACAAUCCGUAGUGUGUUGCUCAAUGACACUGAUCAAAUGCAUGCCAUUCAUCAGACAUUGUUGAAACCAUUACAAAACCUGUUUGGACCAAAUCAAACUGUGACAAAUACCGCAUACUCGGAUCAUCGUCAACUAAACCAGGAAUACACACUUUGA